AUGAGUGAUGUAGAUACUGCCAUUACGAAUUGUCAGAAUGAUUUUGAUUUCAAUCAAAGAGCGAGUUGGAUAAUCUUUGGAGGUCAAGAAAUUAUAUUGGAUAAAAAGUCUAAAAAAUCCAUGAAACUAUCUAAUGAUGAUAAUACAAUUGAUCAAGAUAGUGAUCUUUCUUCAAUAAUUAAUAGCAAUAGUGAUGAUAGUAUUAUUAACAAUAAUGGAAUCAAUCAAGAAGCAGCGAGAAAUUAUAAUCCACAAAACCCAACACAAUUAUAUCAAGAUCUAAACUCAGUUUCCAAUCUUUAUCCCAACAGUCCAAAUCCAACUCCCAAUUUUUAUCCCAAUAAUCCAAACCCACCUCCUGCAUCAUUGUAUCAAAAUCGUCAAUUAAAUACUUCAGAUAGACAACUUUUACCACCUAAAAGACAUAAUACUUUAUCAUCAACAUCUCAUAAUCAAAAUUCUUAUUUGCGUUCAAAAAGUCAUCCACAAUUAAGACCUUUACCUAAACCACCAGGUGCGGACGAAUCUCAAAUCCCACAGAUCCCACAGAUCCCAAUAAUACCAAAUUCAUCAUCAAUAACUCCUAUUCAACCACUGUCUACACCAAUACGGCAGCAGCAACUAUUUCAACAAUUUCCAGAUCAUCAACAACGGCCAAAAAUUAACGAUUCUCGAUAUGUUUCGCAAACGCCCAAGAGAUCUUCUACGAGUAGUCGGUUUCACCAACCAUUUCCUCCACUAGUUGUUGAUCAAAACUUACCUUACCAGUCACUUCGCUCAAACUCUUUACCAAGCGUUUAUAAACCAAAAGAAUUAUUUGAACAAGAAUUAAGCGUUGCUCCUCCUGUUCCUUCAAUUUCAGGUAGUUCAGGGGAUAAUAAUGAACAUUCAAUUCCUGAUAGUUUAAUACCUGGUGCUUUAUCAUCGCUAGAGAACGGUAGUAAAACCGCUCUUGAGCGUUUCAUUCACACUUACGGUAAUGUCACACCUGAAAGUCCAUCAUUCAGAUAUUCUGAUUCAUCUUCAAGACAAACAAUUUAUACCACAAAGUAG